GCCGGCCCGGCCUGUCGGUUACGGGCGGCGCAGCUGGGGGUCGGCACCUGAGGGAAGGUCCCCAGCACCAUCGCCCGCUGUGGAGGAACCGGGCCCGGCCUCUGGCCUCGCAGAUCCAGUCCCAGGAGGGUAGACCCCUCCACGUCCCACCACUCAUUAUUCACAACAACAAUGUCAGACGCUUUGAGCGUUGUACAGCUUAUCUGUUGUCAUCUCAUUUGCUCCUCCCAGUCUACGGCUAGGGAAACUGAGAUUUACCAACAGCAUGAAUCAAGAAAAGUUAGCCAAACUUCAAGCUCAGGUCCGGAUAGGGGGCAAGGGCACAGCUCGCAGAAAGAAGAAGGUGGUACAUAGGACAGCUACUGCUGAUGACAAAAAGCUUCAGAGUUCUUUAAAGAAACUGGCUGUGAACAAUAUAGCUGGUAUUGAAGAGGUGAACAUGAUUAAAGAUGACGGAACAGUCAUUCAUUUCAAUAACCCCAAAGUCCAAGCUUCCCUCUCCGCUAACACCUUUGCAAUUACUGGUCAUGCAGAAGCCAAACCAAUCACAGAAAUGCUUCCUGGAAUAUUAAGUCAGCUUGGUGCUGACAGCUUAACAAGCCUUAGAAAGUUAGCUGAACAGUUCCCAAGACAAGUAUUGGAUAGUAAAGCACCAAAACCAGAGGACAUUGAUGAAGAGGAUGAUGAUGUUCCAGAUCUUGUAGAAAAUUUUGAUGAAGCAUCGAAAAAUGAAGCUAACUAAAAAUCCUCUGGGUUUUGGAAGCUGGCAUGGACUAGAUUUAACAAUCAGCUCUGUUGUUCCAAAGUUUUACAGACACGGAGAACAUCACCUGUUACUAGUUCAGUAAUAUAAAUAUUUUGUAUAUUAAUAAUGCUGUUUGUUCAGCAUUUCUUGGUCAUUUGAUUUUGCAUUUUGCACUUCUUCCCAGGAUCUAUUCUUUUGGUCAAAAUAUGAAGUAUUGGUACAGUUUGAGGGUGGUUUUUUGUUUCUUGGGGGAAUUUUUGGUGUGUAUGUAUAUGUAUGUAUGUGGGUAUGUGUGUACACAGUGGACAGCCAAUUGGUAACCGUUAUAUCUACCCUUCUCCUUUCCCCACUAGAAAUAAAACAAAUCUUUACA